AUGGCGUUCAAGCCCACCGCCGAGCAGGUGCACUCGCCGCCUGCGGCCUUGCCCUCAGGCCACCCAGUCCUGCCGCAGCUGCCCUCGCCUUUUCGUGCUACCGCUGCGCUCGAGGGGGGUCGCGCUGGGAGACUGUGCCCUCGCUCGUGCGGGCGGCCGCCGCUGGGGGCGCGCCGCCCUCGAAGCGCGGCUCCGCGGAGCCCAGAGACCAGGGGGCAGAAGCCCCGCCCCGCGCAGGCCGGAAACUGCAUUACCCCAGGCCUCCCGCGGUCCCGCUUCCACAGGCUCCUGGAAGGGCACGUGCAGCCCCGCGCGCUGAGGAAGUGGCCGCGGCCCUCGCUCGCUCGCACGCCGAGUGAUGUGGCGGGAAACCCAGCCUUGGCCUCCGCAGGACCACCUCCUCCAGGAAGCCGGCGGGGACCUCGGGGAGCCGCACUGGGCCCGGUCCCCGCACCCCUGCGGGCUAGGAGGCGCGAAGAAGCCCGGCUUCCCGACCCCCGGAGCGGCUGGGAUAGAAGCGUCUGGGCAGCGGACCGCGCCGCUCCUGCGGUUUCUGCCUCUGCCUUGGGCUUGGAGCCAAGGCCGUGCCUAUGGCCAGUGCCCACGGCCAGUGCCCUCCGGCACCCGGCACCCGGCACCCGCGGACCCCGCGCAGCCUUCCUCUGCUCCGUCACCAGCUUCUGCACCUGCCUUUGCAAGGGUCUCUCCGCCUUCACGGAGGACGUGUGGACGGAGCCCCAGGGCACCCAGGGUGUCCGUUACUUAGGAAGGGGAGGGAAAAUCAUUUUCUCUCUACCCUUGGAAGCCCUUGGCUGGGAACUCGGUCACAAGAGAGCAGCAAAAGAAAAACACAAGUUUAUUAACACAUAUACCUCCUGGGUGCCUGGGAGAGACCCGAGGGAAAGGAGCCCCUCCCCCAUGUGGGCUGGAAGGAAAUCCGGUACCACCGUCCCCUAAGGACAAGAGAGGAACGUGUGCAGGAACAGGAGAAAGCUGAGGGAUUCGCGUGCACAAGAGGGAUCCCCAGCAACACAGAUCCUGCACACACACCCCGGGCCCCGGAGGUGACCCAGGACCACCAGAUGUGGGCCUGGCAUUUGCCGUCUAGGGAUGAGCCUCAGCAGCUUAUCUUGUAACCCAGCCCUGCUCCCUGAGGCCCACAAGGCCCCUGCCCCUCUCUUGUGACCUGGAGGCCUCGGGAGACCAAGGAGGCUGCCCACCAGGUACCUGGACACAAUCUCCUUCCUGGAUUCCUUUUGCGGUGUUCUUCCAUUGUUCCUGCAGGAUUUUGUCAUCUGCCUCCUCUGCGAGCAUGACUUGUCACUUUUUUGAAAGCCAAACACGAGUGCUGGUGAAAGGAGCUGAGGUCAACAGGCCUCCCACUUCUCCCCAUGGGUGGGCACAGAAGGGGCUGGGAGUACUCACCCCUCAGGUCUGUUAGGCUCUGGUGGACAGUAUCCCCCACGCACAGGCCUUGUUAGGGAGAACGAAGGCUUUGAGAUUAUAUUUAAAUGGUCAUUAUUGCCCUCCUGGGAGGGGUGGGGGGGAGAGUGUGGGAAGGGAUUUUGUUCUCCAGUCUUCACUGGGAGAACCUGGUAGGACUCCCAAGGGUAAAAGUCACACAAGUGUGGGGGCUUCCGUAGGACUGGCUGCCUCCGGGUUUUGACUUCAUGCUUGUCCACAGGGAGCCUCCAGCAACUCCUGGUUGACCUGUUCCUCCCUCAUACUGGUUCCAGGGUUGGUUUCCACGACAGCGAGCUGGGAUGCCUCCCAAUGCGGUUGGCCCUGUUGACCUCAGUUCUUUGACGGAGCUAAGAAAAGUUGUUAAUUUUCAGUUUGUUUAGCUUUUUUCUCAUUCCGAGGACAGGAGCGACAACUUCUAAACAGUUGAUGUGCAGGAUGGGAAACAAGAAGUCGUCCAGUUCUGUUUUAUGUGCAUUGCUUGGGUGAGUCUCAGCCAUUCUUACCUCCAAAUUAAUGACCCUUGGCAAAACUAUGGAGUGCAUUAAUUAAAUGGAUGAGUUACAAUGAGACCCUCAGUGGUUUCUGAGCACUAUGAUUCUGCCCAUCUAUGUUGUUUAGUAAUAAAUAUUUAAUUUAUGAUUUCUGGAUUCAGUAAGUUUUCAGGAGGAAGGGCAUGGGGGUGGGGGCUGCUGAUGGUCAAGACCAGCUAAGUAACUAGACUGUGCCUAUGAGAACAGCGCAUUAUAAGACCCCUUCACCAGAAGCAGACUUUGGGCCUCCCAGUAACGAUGCAGGCAGGCUGGGUCUGAGGACCCCUUGGGAGUUCCACAGGACAAUCAAGAGGUCCUUCACACAGGAUAGAAAUCAAACAUGAGCCAGAGAAAGUGAAAACGCAGUCUGAAGAGACAGGGUAAGCAUCAGACCAUACUCAGAUAAGGCAGAGAUGUUGCAAUUAUGAGACCCAGAGCUUAAAACAACUAUGAUAACUAUGCUAGGAGUGCUCAUGGAUAAAGUAGACAGCAGGCAAGAACAGGGGGGCAAUAGAAGCAGAGAGAGGGAAAUGCUACAAAAGGGCCAAAAAGAAUGCUGGAGGUCAAAAGCACUGUUACAGAAAUGAGAAGCAUCUCAGAUGGGCUUAUUGGCAGAUCGGACAUGGCCGAGCAAAGAACCUCUGAGCGCGAGAACAUCUCAAUAGAAAUGCCUGAAACUGAGAAGCAAAAGGGGAAAGACCAAAGAAAAGAGAACAGAAUAUCCAAGAACAGUGAUAUACAAAAGACAUUACAUAGGCAUAAUGGUACAGAAAUGAUAUUUAAACAGAAAAAAAUAUUUGAAACAACAAUGACUGAGAAAUUUCCCAGAUGAAUGUCAGACACUAAAUUACAGACCCAGGAAGCCCACAGAGCACCAACCAGGAAAAAUGUCAAAAAAUUACAUGCAGACGCAUCAUUUUCAAACUACAGAAUAAGGAACAUAAAGAAAAAAGAAUUGCUGAGAGCUGCUAGAGGGAAAACAAUUACCUACAGAGGAUCAAAGGUAAAACUUUUCAGAAACCAGGCAAGCAAGGGAAGUGAAGUGUUUAGUGUUGAGAGAGAAACCCACCAAUCCAGACUUCUGCACCCUGUGAAAUUAUCCCUAAAAAGUGAAGAAGAAAGGAAGAUUUUCCCAGCCAAAAUAUUGAGAGAAUAUGUUGUCAGUGGACCUGUCUUCCACCAUAUGUUAAAAGAAAUUCUUUAGAAGAAAGAAAUGAUAUAGAUUAGGAACUUGGAUCUAUGUGAGAAAGAACAUCGGAGAAGGAAUAAAUGAAGGUAAAAUAGAAACUUUUAUAAUUCUUAUUCUAAAUUGAUCUGACUGAUAACAGGUGGCUCAAAUAAUAAUCAUUUCGCUAUUAUAAGGUACUCACUCUACCUGCAAAGUGGUGCAGUGUUAUUCAAAAGUGGGCUUGGGUUAGUUCUAAAUAUAUAUUGCGAACUCUAGGGCCACCACUAAAAAAAGUGUAAAAAAAAAAAAAAGAAGUGCAACUGAUAUGCUAAAAAGCAGAGAAAGUGAAACAAUGUAAAAUGCUCCGCUAAAGCCACAAAAGACAGAAAAAGAGUAGACGACAAAAAGAGGAACCAAAAACAAAGCAAACAAAUAGAAAACUGUAACAACUAUGGGAAAUAUUAAUCCAGCUCUACCAGAAAUCAGUUUAAAUAUCAAUGGUCUAAAUGCACCACUUAAAAGACAGAGAUUGUCAGAGUGGAUCAAGAAACAAGACUAAAGUAUAUGUUGUCUACAAGAAGCC